AUGAGACCAAAGCUAAGAGAAUGUGUGAUAGAAGGCAUCGAAACAGCAGGGAACCAAACUCCCCUCAACAGGAUUUACACAGAGCUCUACAUCACAGAAGGAGAGAGUGAAGGGGUUAACAAUGAACAUGAGGUGUGGCAGCUAGAGACAGCAUCCAGGACACCAACCUCACAUGACACAGCAAUCCACUGCAAUGACAUCUUUAAACCCUUACCUGGCCAAGAGAGACGCAUCAGAACUGUGCUGACCAAGGGCAUCGCUGGCAUCGGGAAAACUGUCUCUGUGCAGAAGUUCAUCCUAGACUGGGCUGAAGGGAAGGCAAACCAAGAUGUGGAGAUCAUAUUUGUGCUUCCUUUCCGGGAGCUGAACUUGAUCAAAGAUCUCCAGUACAGUCUUCUCAGACUUUUAAAUGACUUCCACACAGAACUAGACAUAGGCAAUGCAAAGAAACUCACUGCCUGUAAAGCUAUGUUCAUCUUUGAUGGUUUGGAUGAAAGCAGACUUCCAUUGGAUUUCCAGCACGUUGAAAUGGUGUCUGAUGUCACCCAGACAUCAUCUGUAGAUGUUCUGCUGACAAACCUCAUCAAGGGGAAUCUGCUUCCCUCUGCUCUCCUUUGGAUAACCUCCUGA